GGCACUCUCGUUUGACCAAUGACGUUUAAGCGCAUAUUGUUUGAAAGUUGUUUACAAACAUCUUGUUGGAAGGCCGAUGGAAAUGUGCAAACAUGCAUCGUAGCAGCAUGCUGGAGGUAUGGUAUGGAGUCCAAGGUUAAUGGUACAAGCGCAACCAGAGACUAUGAGUGAAGAAGAAUCAGGAAGUAGUGAUAAAGAAAACAAGAAUAUGUGCACACAGAAAGACAGGUCACAUCCAAAUUGGAAGAAGCACAAACACAAAGAGAGUGAGUCGAUCUAUGUGGCACAAUCAGAGCAUGAGUUUGCAUGUCCCACAUGCUUAAAGACUUUCAGUGACCACAGAAGUUUCAUAACUCAUCUGCUCUUUCACAGCAAAGAGAAACUGUUCUCCUGUGAAGUACGUGAAAAAAGUAUCACAUCGAACCAGGGUUUACAGAGUCAAAGGAACCAUCAUCACAAGGAUCAUUUGGCAUCGAAGGCUGCUGUAGCAUAUGGCAUGAUGUCAGAGGUUAAUAGUAGAAGUAACAACUGGCCACAGGAAAUACCAGAGACUACAAAUGAAGAAGAAUCAGAUAGUUGUAAUAAAGAAAACAAAAAUUUGUGCACACAGAAAUGUGGCAUGGUGCCAGAGGUUAAUAGUAGAAGUAACAACUGGUCACAGGAAAUACCAGAGACUACAAAUGAAGAAGAAUCAGAUAGUAGUACUAAAGAAAACAAAAAUAUGUGUACACAGAAAGACAAGUCACAUCAGAAUAGGAAGAAGCACAAGCACAAACACAAAGAGACUGAGACAAUCCAUGUGGCACAAUCAGAGCAUGAGUUUGCAUGUCCCACAUGCUUAAAGACUUUCAGUGACCACAGCAACUUCAUAACACAUCUGCUCUUUCAUAGGGAAGAGAAACUCUUCUCCUGUGCGGUAUAUGAAAAAAGUAUCACAUCGAAACAAAGUUUGCAGAGUGAAAGGAAGCGUCAUCGGAAGGAUAAUUUGGCAUCGAAGGCUGCUAUAGUGUGCAGUAUGGAGCCCAAGGUUAAUAGUAGAAGUAACAGCUGGUCACAUGAAAUACCAGAGACUACAAACAGAGAAGAAUCAGGGAGUGGUAAUGAAGACAGCAAGAAUAUGUGCACACAGAAAGACAGGCAACAUCUGAAUCAGAAAAGGCGCAAAAACAAAGAGAGUGAGACCAUAUGUUUGGCACAACCAGAGAACGAGUUUGCAUGUCCCACUUGCUUAAAGACUUUCAGUGACCACAGCAACUUUGUAACACAUCUACUUGCUCACAGGGAAGAGAAACUCUUCUCCAGUGCAGAAUUUGAAAAAAGUUUCACAUUGAAGCAGAGUUCACAGAGUCGCAGGAAGCAUCAUCACAAGGACCAUUUGGCAUUGAAGGCUGCUAUAACGCACAGUAUGGAGUCUGAAUUUUAUUCUAGAAGCAACAGAUGGUUAAAUGAAAUACCAGAGACUACAAAUACAAAAGGUGAAGAAUCAGAAAAUGCUGAUCACUUGUACAGUUUGAAGGAAGAAGAAAACAAGAAUAUAAAGCAUAAAUACAAAGACAGUAAGGUUAUUAUAGCAAGCACUAUGGCAUCACAUGAAACAGUGACAGGAAAUAGAGAAGAACUGGAAAGUAGUAACAAUGAAAACAAUAUCCUGCACUCACGGAAAGACAAUUUGCACCCGAAAGGGAAAAAAUAUAAGCACAAAGAGACUGAGGUUAAUAUUGGAGACAGUAUGGCACCACACGAAAUACCAGUGACUGCAAAUAAAGACAAACCAGAAAGUAGUAAUGAAGAAAACAAAUUUCUUUGUGCAAAGAAAGACAGUUCACAUCCAAGACAGAACAAGAAUAAACCCAAAGAGGGUAAGGUUAAUACUGGAGACAGUGAGACGGCGCAUGAAAUAACAGUGACUGCAAAUGGAGAAGAAUCAGGAAGUAGUAAUAAAGAAAGUAAAAAUCUGUGCACAAAGGACGAUAGUUCACAUCCAAAACAGAAAAAGCAUAAACGCAAAGACACUGAGGUUAAUACUGGAGACAAUGUGGUGUCAUAUGAAAUACCAGUGGCUGCAUAUGGAGAAGAACCAGGAAGUAGUAAUGAAGAAAGCAAGAAUCGGUGUACAAAGAAAAGUAGUUCACAUACAAAACGGAAAAAGCGAGGACAGUUCACACCCGAAACGAAAAAAGCAUAA